CAAAUGCAGAUUGCAGCCUGCGCCUUUUCACCAAGCCUCCAUUGCACCAAAAGCCAGCGCUUGCGGUAUAAGAUGUGGACGGCUUCUGUCUUUCAAGGCAUCUGGAUUGAUGCAUCAUCUUGGUAGGUAUGUGGUUGGCAUCUCUUUCUUUCGCAGCCGGGGUUCAUGCGAUUUACUUUGUAAAGAGCAAAGGAAUGCUCAAGGUGCCUUUCAGGCAAGGAACCAGUCCUCUCCUAAACUUGUGGAUCACAAGUCUGAAAGGUUCCGUAGUGUGCCCUCCUUUGUUCUCUACCUAGGACGGAUGAGACUUCUUGGACCUUGUUGAUGUAGCUCUGUUUAGAAGAGGAUGGAUAGCUUUGUCUGCGGGCACUGCAAGCGGGAGCAGAAUCUGGAGGAUGCCGGGGGCUCAGGGGUCUGCACUUGCACAAAUUGUGGAGCAUUAUUGCAAGUGCCCAGUCUCCAAGUUCUCUACCGCUCGGCCCUUCCUCCCGUCGCUCAAAUCCUGGAGGCCCCAAAACCCGGGUCUCCUUCCAUCCCCCCAACAACAAGUCCUAAGCACACGGGUGACACUGCGGAAAACAGGGCCUCCCAGUCUGGGGUGGUAUCAAGUCGCCCGGUCCCGCUUCAGCCUAGGUCUGCCGCGCCCCAGAGCGUCGACAGGCGGCUUCAGGAGGAGAUGGAAGCUUAUCAGCCCAAGGCUACACACUCCCUUUCGCGGAGCAGUUUGUUUGCAAACGCCCCCACAAGUCCAAUCCGCGCCAACAGUGUGAAGACUGUUGACAUCUCUGGGGGUUCUCUUUUGCGAGCGCCUCUGGGCCGGGGGGUGCAAAACGUGGGUAUUUCGGGGGACUCCGUUUCACCGAAAUCUCCAGAGGGGCAGGAGAGAACGUCGCUAAGCAGCCCUGAAACAACGUCAGUCAGCCUCUCCUUCGGACCGAAGCUUCUCCUGCUCCCCGGAAGCGGAAGAGCUUCCAUACCCCCCUCAACGAUGGAAAAGCCCGCCGCUGAUGUCACAGGGGGGGCUCAAGAAGUGGUCUCUGCUGCGGGUUCGCCUAGCUGUGAAUCAGUUGGGCCAACAUCCGGCGCUGGGAUCGUUUCCCACCGACGAGCUCCGUCCACCGAUUCGGACGGGUCUUCCGCUUCUUCCAGGAGACUGCGGGCCUUCUCUGCGAAACCGGUGACGGAGUCAGACCUCCCCCCUGGAGUGAACAUCUAUGUUGCGCAACCGGUUGUUCCUGACGGGAGCGAGGACGACAUGCCGGAGUUCUGGGCCAAGCCUGCAGAACCCCCCCCAGGUCCACAGGGAAACCUUCCCCCCGGAACACACGUUUUUAUCGCGCAGCCGUAUGUCCCUGGGAAAACCGAGGACAAGGCUACUGAGGGCAGACCCGCAAAUCCUGCACCCCCCCUUGAUUCUUGGUCCAAAUCCCCCCCCAGCACAAACUCCAUUGAACCGUCCCCGUAUGCCUCCAGUCAAUACACAGACACGGCGCGAGAGACGGGCCCCCCAGAGCCUGCCCCCCCGUUUGAUCAGCUGGUAGAGCUCCCCCCUGCAGCGAGCGUCUAUGGUGCGCAACCCUUGGUCGACAACAAGGAGAAGACGCUGGAGGCUUGGGUGAAACCUGCAGCUCCCGACCCUGGUUUCCAGGCAAACUCCGACCCUGGUUCCUCGUUAAACCCUGACCCAGGUAUCUGGACACAUACUGACGCAGGUUUCCAGGCAAGCUCUGACCCCUGGAGCGAAGUAGGGGCGGAGAAGGUUUGGGAGGGCGACGUGCUCCGGAUUUCGGGUGCCAGCGGUGCGAAGGCGAAGAGCAAAGAGGAGCCGGCAAAACCUCCCUUUCAAGCUGCCCAUGUUCCUGUGGGACCCAUAAGCCCCCCGGAGCGAGACUCGCAGCUUGAAACCCAAAGAACGCCCCCCAUCUUUGACGAGCCACAAGUGCCACCCGAAACGGAGAUUCCAAUCGGGACUGACAGAGCGGAGCCCGUUGUGCCGCUAAGCCUCCGGCGAGUGAACUUAGGCCGUAACUCGGGGGGGGAGGAUUCAGGCGUCCCGACCACCCCCCCAACGGGAUCCGGCGCCCCUACAGUGAGCCCCACAAUCCAGAGAGCGAUGCUCGAGUAUCAGAAGAUGAAGGCGCUUUUAAUGGGGGGUAAAAGCAAGUCCGAUCCGCCGAGGGGGGUUCAGGAUACCACAGCAUCGGACCGGGGGGGGUCGGAAGCCGAAGAGGGGGCAGGGUCUGAUCAGGAAGUGUUUGAGGAAAUUGAUUUGGACGAGGGGGGUGGGUCUAAGGCGGAAGCGGAAGCGGGGGGCUUUAAGUCGGGGCUGAAAAAGUGGGCGUCUGGAAUGGAGGGACUCUUGCGUGGGGUGUCGGUUGGAAAGGGUUCCGACAAGAGUGAUACAGACCAGAGUCAGGAUGAUCUACGCGGAGGGGGGGUCCUUAAGAAAGCGGGUUCGUGGGGGUGGGAAGAGGAGCGAGCGGUCGGUUCAGACAGCCUGCCUGUUGCAGAAAAAAAGAGUGUAAGCAAAGAGGGGGAGAAUCAAACGACGAUUGAGAGGGGAGAGUCGACGGUUGGAGAAGGAAAGAGUGUGCGGAAAGCGGGGGAGGAUCGGACAACCAUCGAGGAGGGAGGCUCGGUCGGAAGGACGGGGAGGGGGGCAGAGAUACUUGUUCCCAAAGGAGUGGAAAUCGCGAUCGGUGAAGCGAAAGCACGGAGCGAUGUCCCGGCACCUAUUAGGAGGGCAGUUUCGGAACCGGUGGCUUUGGAAGGGGGGGGUCCUGGAAGCAGCAGUCUGAGGGGGGUGGGCAGACAAGCUAGCUCAGGAAAUAUGAUCGGUGAGGAGAAGAGUUUCAAGCAGGUAGGGACCGGAGCCAACAGCGGCAGAAACCUCGUCGCAAUGGGGGGGUCCGGAAGCGGGAGUUUCAGGGGGGGGGCGGAGGUGAGCCGCAGUGGGAAUUACGGCAGCACCAGCAGCUUGGGUGCGUGGAGCGAUGACUCGGAGUGUGAAUACGUUCGCACGGUGGAAAGAGUUCCGUUGGAAGAAGGGGGGUAUGUGAUUCGGGCUGUGAUGAAGAAGGUUCCAAGAAGCGGACAAUCAUCGCCGCAUCCCGGCGGGAGCCGGGGCGCAAGUCCGGAACCCGCUGGAGACAACCGGCAGAGUGACGUGGCACCCGCUGCGAAAGGUCUGCAAAGUGACGUUGCACCCGCCGAGAGAGCUUCGCGGAGUGAGGUGGCUCCCGUUGAGAAAAGUGGGCGGAGUGACGUCACAUCUGCUGGCAAAGGGUCGGGGAAUACGGUCGCACCUUCUCGGGGAGGCUUGGGAAGUGACGUGGCACCUGCCGGCAAAGGGUUCCGGAGUGACGUGGCACCGUCAGGGCAGGGCUUGAGCGGGGAGGAGGGACUUCCGAUUGGCGUGAGGGAGGAUACGGAGAACCGGCAGUCACCGGGCGUAGUAAGAGACGGCGUGGGAACUAGAGAGGGGCCAGAGCCCAGCGGAAGGGUCUCAGAACGGGACGGGGCAAGUCGGAAAGUUUCGAGGGAUCGGAAGCAUUCAGAACCCAAGCAAUCAGAACCGGAAGCGAAACUAGAAGGGACUGUUAGGGCUUCGGCAGGUGCAGAGUCCAACAGCGGGAUUGUGGAGACGAGUAGCAGUGUGGAGAAACUUUUGGAGAGGGACGGACUGUCCGGAGUGGUAUCUGGGGCUGGAGAGGGAGUGAAGAAUUCGGAUAACGGAGUGGUCCCGAAACGGCAGGGGGACUUUGCAGACGGAGAAGGAAAUGCGGAAAAGGAAACGGCCAAGGCUGAGUCGUUUCUCCCCACGACAAACCUAAGAAACCAGUCGUUGGAGGACAAAACUCUUGUUCGUGGGGGUUCGCAGCCGGCUCAUAAAACGGGCACACUGACCACUGACGACCCCCUUAGGACGGGGCCAGAGCGCACAGCCAGUGCGCCCCUUACGGAGUCCGUGACGUCAGCGGAAGCGAAGAUUGCGUCAUCCAGGCGGCCGGGAAAGUUUCCCGGGCUGUCACGGAUUGCGGUUCCGCCCCCAGCGGAGCGGACGGAACCUUCCGCCGAGACGCCGAAAGUGAUGUCAGCGAGAACGAAGACGGUGCGGCCGGAGAUGCGGACCGGUGCGCCUAGUGCAGCGGAAGCGGGUACUACAGCGUCCCCAGUUGUGACAACCGUUCCGUUGAAGUCCGACUCUCAACGGAUCCACGGACCUGCCUUCGCCGUCUCCAAGCCUCCACCUCUCCCUAACCUAGCCCCUAACCUGGGAGCCUCGGCACCCCUACCACCCUCAAGAACGCAACCUGUCUUCUCUGAUAACGCCGGACGCUUUCCUCAGAAGACCGCCGCCAUCUCUUCCCCCUCCGGCGCUUUCCCUCACGGCGAUCUAUACCCCUUCAUCGGCUACGCCGGCGAACCCGAUCUCAAACCUGCCUCUAACCUGCCGCUAAACCCGCCCGCUAACCCGCUUCCUAACCCCGCCCAAACGGAGAGCAAACCUUUGGAUGGGCCCCCUGUGUUUCCAGUGCGUCAGACACCCCCUUCGUCGCCAAAGCUGUCAAUAAGCCCUCCGACUGACCACGUUCCCUGGACCGAAAAGGCCCUCAGCCCGACUGCUUCCGCCGAACUCCCCGUAACCAAGCUGGAGAUCAAACCCCUACCGGCGGAUAAUAGCAAGGCGCUACAAACCUCUGGUUCUAUUCUUCCAAUUUUCGGAGGGGCACAGACGUCGGGUGUGAAUGCGCCUUUGGACACCGCCUCAGGGCCUCCGUUGGAGCGUGCCGGUAGCAGUGGGGGCGCAUUUACAUCAGAGGGCCCUAAAAGGAGCGUGCGAAGUCGGCGGACGCCCUCCCGCACAAGCUCGCAGGAGAUGACGUCACCGGAGUCAAGCGAGCCCAGCUCUCCUGCCCACCGGCGCUCGUCUGACAAAGCCCGGGCUGGUGUCAAUACCCCCCCAAAGUUUCCCAGGGACUCCUCCGAAGGAGCCACCAGGUUCGCGAGCGUUCCUGGGCCCCCGGGUACGAAUGCGGAGCGGAGAGGGAACGUUCUGACGUCAGCACAGCAAAGCGUCAGCAAAAGUGACCGGAAGCUUGCGAAAGGGACCUGGGCUCUCGGGGGCGCGGAGCUCGGGCCCCCGGGCGAGCACACGUUUUCGAUGUGGUUGGACGAGGAUAAAAAGCCGCCGGGAUCGGCGAAGCGGGGGAGAGAUGCGUCGGAUUCUGGGGCUGCCUCGACGAGAGGUUCAGCAAAGCCAGUAAGGAACACACCCGCACCUGGGGCAGGCUACCGGGGGACGGUGGGAAAGGGCCCCAAUGAAACCGGGGACUCUAGCCCGGGGCCCAAAGUGCACGGCCGGACUGACUCGGACCUCUCCGUUCGGACGUCCGAGUUCGAGGGGGGAAUCUCGUCAUUUGCGGGCAGCGAGACCAGCUUCGACUCCCCCCCCCACUCGCCUGAGCCGAAGCUGCCGGAAUUCCACCCCCCCGAAAAGUUUGCGGCGUUGUUUGAGGGUCAGACAAAUCAAUCGGGGGGGCCGUCCAAGCCCCCUCGGAGCUCGCCAACCAGAGGCUCCCCGCCGCCGGGGUGGCCGUUCCCGUUGGUCGCCCAACCGCUACCGUCGGGCGCCCCACCAAUACCACCAUUUAUCAAAGACCCCUCGUUCGGUGACGUACUCAAAGAGAGACGGGCUCUGAGUCCAGAACCGUCGGAAGAGCAGGAGAGGGCAACUAGGGAGGAGAGCGUUCCUUCGAACCUUCAAUUCUGGCCAUCGAACGGACCCCCCCAAAACGACGUCCCCACUCCUCCCAUGCCAGGGCGGCCGUUGGCUCGUCCCCCGCUCCGCGCCUCCGAACCUAACCCCACAAACCCUCAGCAAUCGUACAACCCGCUCGUUCACCCCCCUGGUUUUCAACCCGCGGCCCUCAUCAUUCCUAACCCUGGGUUUACCCAACCCGGUCCGAGAAGUCAGAGCUUCGCUUCCCAAAGCUCGACUCCCAGCCCUGAUGUGCCCCCUGGUUAUCGACCGGGUUUAGCGGAACCCUACUCCGGAAGCCCUGGGGUUAGAGACCCCGGUUUCAGAAACCCGCAGCUGAGCUUCGGGUCACAGAGCUCGGGGAAUCAGUCACAGAAUCCGGGUUAUGCUAACCCGGACCUUAACCGGCAGGAUUCGUACGCUCGGAGUUUCGGGUCUCACAGUUCCGGCCUGGGGCAGAGUCCUGCUGCGAUAGGAGGAACGCGGAUGCAGUCGCAGGAGUCCAUACGACGGAAAGGGCUGUGUUCGAUGUGCGGGCAGAAGUCAAACAAGAAAGUGCAGUGCCUUGUAUGCAACAAGAAGUACUGCGAGAGGUGUGUGGAACGCGCCAUGGGAUUCAUGCCCGAGGGGCGGAAGUGCGUUGGAUGCGUCGGAUUGAACAUCGACGAAGCGAACCGACCCCACCUCGGUCGCUCGGACAGCACCAUUCCUGGACUGGCCAAAGACCGGACGUCCGAGAUCCUGAAAGCGGAGCUGGUGUCGGUUGCUAACCUGGCGGGUUCCGAGCGGGUUGUGGUUAACCGGAAGCCGCUAACCCGGGAGGAGCUGGCCGCACUGUUCAAUGCAGAGCGGCCUCCGCCCAGGAUGGAUCGCGGAAACUUUUGGUACGAUGCGCGGUCGGGGCUGUGGGGUAAGAUGGGCCGCCCAUUUGAGCGGAUCGUUGCGCCGGGGCUCGAGGUCGGGGGCCCCUUACCCCAGGACGCAAGCAGCGGCUCCACCCGGGUUUACCUCAACGGACGGGAGCUGGGUAAGCGAGAGUUGCGGCUGUUCAAGUUUGCCGGCGCGAAGCUGAAGUCGAACAAGCGGAUCUGGCUGGACGCAGACGGAGCGUAUGGAGAGGAAGGGGGUCCGGCGAAGGGCAACAUGUGGGAGCUGAAACCGCUUCAGCUGAUGCUGCCCCUGUUCGGCCGCCCCGCGAGCGAGGUCGAGACGCGGCUCGCCAAGGAGCUGCAGGCCGAAGCCGCGAGUAGGGUGUCGAAACUGCUGCUGGUGGGGCCCCCCGAAACGGGAAAGAGCACGUUCGCGCGCGUCGUCCGGGAGAUGUACGGGAGCGGGUUCAGUGAAGAGGAGCAAGCGGGGGAGUUGCGAGCGAUGGUACUGGCGAAUGUGCUGCACUGUGCGAGGAGAUUGCUGGAGGGUCGGAAGGAAAAGUUCGACGACGAAGAGGGCGAAGAGGACCAAUGGAAGUACGGUCUCGAGCCAGAAAACGAGCCGGUUGCGGCGCGGGCGCUUAUGGCGAUUUCCACGGCGCUUGGAAUCGCGGAAAUGGAGAAGGGGAAGUGGCUGACGUUGGACUACAAGCUGGCGGGAGAUCUCCAGCGGCUCUGGCGCGAUCCGGGAGUGCAGGCAACGUUCCGUGUAGGCGGAGACAUUUCCCUGCCCGACUCGACCGACUACUUCAUGGACCGCCUCGCGCAGAUCAGCGCACCAGGAUACGUCCCGUCCUGGGAUGACGUCAUGGCGUGCCAGGUUCUGCACCAAGUCAUCCCGACAGGCGUCACCCAAGUCGACUUCUCCAUCGACGAUCCGGAGCCGUCCGCUCUCUCCCCAACCGUUCCGUUGAGCGGAGGUUUGCCGUCCGUGUACGAGCUGGAAAACGCCGGCCUGGGCGCCCCGUUCUCAGCGGGAAACGCGGUGCCGUCUGCCACGUUCCGGUUGCUCGACGUCGGUCCGGGACAUCUAGCCGAUUCUCCGGGGUGGAGGCGGGCGUGCGACAUGUUCCAAGACGUUUCGGCGGUCCUUUUCUUUGUCGGCCUCAGCGAUUUUGACCGCUUCCACUCCGUUGGCGGCGAGUUCCACAACCGGCUUGAGGACGCGCGCGACUUGUUUGAGUCCGUCAUCAAUUCGCCCAGCUUUGAGAAUAAGCCGAUCCUGCUCCUCUUCAACAAGUUCGACCUCUUUUGCCGGAAGCUCCGCGCAAACACGUCGCUCACCGAGUGCGACUGGCUGGAGGACUACGACCCGGGGGAUCACUCUACGGCCAGCGACCGGUUCCGAGAGGAUGUGGAAGCGCAGAACGCGUAUAUGUACAUAGAGAAGAAGUUCACGGCGCUCGUGGAGGAGCGCAAUAAGCGGGCCCCUCAGGUGGAGGUGCUCGUAUAUAAGCUGUCGGCGGUGCAGCAGGAGUCGGUGGAUAUGGUGCUGAUGCAUUUGCCGGACAUAGUACUGUAA